AUGAAGUCUUUCUCAGUCUACGCAAUUCUACUCGGUGUUACCUCCGCUGUGGCAGCCUCAUACAAGACUGGAGCCGACAAGGACGCGAUAUCUUGGGCACCUCUUAGCCGUAACUGUAACGUGUUCAAGGAGACAUAUCAAAUUAACGUUUAUGAUGGUAUUAAUUAUCUUUAUGCAAUCGGCAACGGCGGAUGUACUGCUCCCGCGGGUUGGGGCGGCUGUAUCCGAACUACUUGCAACAACAACGCUGCGAUCUUCCUCUGCAAUGACCAUCCUACAUCUAUAACGGUGCCCUCAAUGCAGUGGGAAUCAACGAGUACUGCAUCAGAUAUGAAUAUAUCUCGCCACUACCUGGCUCAGGGGCUAUUGGAAACUGGAUUCAUCACGUUAGGGGACAGGGUCUUGGUUUAUGUUGGCGGGUCAGUCAGGUCGGUAAUGGACAGUUGUGGAGAAUUCCUUUGGUACACGGAAAAUGUCUGA